AUGGUCUGCUGCCCCGCGCAGCAACCGUCGGGCGACGACCCGGGGGCCAAAAACCCGGCGACGACGGCGCUCUGGAUGGGGCGUGACCUCCUGCCUCCAACCUCCUUCCUUUUUGAGCAGAUCGGUCAGCUCGAGGCGCGUGAGCCGGACUUGUGA